CUCUUCUUCUUCUUCUUCUUCUUCCUCUUUGUUUUUGAAUUCAAACCUUCCCAUGGUUAUGGAGUUCUUCUUCUCCAGUAGAGUUGAGGAGGAUCCCACCGACGGCCGUCCCAGACUGCCGGAGAGUACGGCGCCGCCCAUUUCAUCUAAGUUCAGUUCGACUCCGAACCCGAAUCCGCCAUUGUUGUCGGCCAUGUCUCAGCCUCUGUUCUCCCCUUCUUCCUUCUUCACUAUCCCUCCAGGGAUCAGCCCCACCCAACUUCUUGAUUCCCCUGUUCUUCUUACCUCCUCUAAUUUUCAGGCAUCGCCGACCACCGGAGCAAUUUCGACUGGCCACCACCAAAAGAACAUGAAACAAGAACAACAUAACUUAGCUGAGUUCUCAUUUCCUCGUACAAAUCCCACAAAAUCAUCAUCUUCAUCAUCAAUUAUGUUUCAAUCGUCUUCAAUGCAGCAAAAUCCGCCAUGGGUAUCUCAAGCCGCCUUCAAUUUCCCGCCGGAGACCACCGUGAACGGCGGUUCGAAAUCCGACCAGCACCCACAAUCUCAACCAAAAAACAGAACAUCAGACGACGGGUAUAAUUGGAGGAAAUACGGCCAAAAACUUGUAAAAGGAAGUGAAAAUCCCAGAAGCUAUUACAAAUGUACGCACCCUACUUGCCCUGUUAGAAAGCAAGUCGAAAAAUCAUUGAACGGCCAAAUCACAGAAAUUGUUUACAAAAGUAAACACAAUCAUCCAAAACCAGAGUUCCCAAGAAGAUCAUCAUCGGCUUCUUCUUCCUCUUCUUCAUGGCUAUCACAAGCUUUACCUCAAACAAUGGCGGCAGAGCCAAAGCAUUCAAUGGCCUCUGAUUCCAUUCCGACGCCGGAGAACUCUUCAACCACGAUUGGGGAUGAUGAUUCCGAUGAACUUGAUGCAAAAAGAUGGAAAAGCGAGAGCGAGAACGAAAUUAUAUCGGUCGCCGGAGGUAAAACGGUGAGAGAACAGAGGGUUGUGGUUCAAACGAUUAGUAGAGUUGAUAAACUAGACGAUGGAUAUUGGUGGAGAAAAUAUGGACAGAAAGUUGUGAAGGGAAAUCCAAAUCCAAGGAGCUACUACAAGUGCACGUACGCAGGCUGUGGAGUGAGAAAGCACAUAGAGAGGGCGUCCCACGAUUUAAAGGCCGUCAUCACUACCUACGAAGGCAAGCAUAACCAUGAAAUUCCGGCAGCCCGCGGCGGAGGUAGCAGACCAGUAUCCAAUAAUCAUGGCAAUGACAACGGUCAUGCAUCAAACGGCGCCGGCGACGUAUGGCCGAGUUCCGAGAUUUCUGGUGGUGAUGAUGGAUUCUCUAACAUGCUGUGGAGGACCAAAGAAGAGGCCGCCGAUGAGAUUUUCCGAUCGUUGUUAGACUGAUAAAAGAGUGUUCCUAGGUGGUACACUCAUGAAAGUAGGUUUAUGUUUAUAGUUUAAUUAAUUAACUUAGAUCGAUAAAAUUGACAUGUUUAGUUAAGAUAUACUUAC